CCGUUACUUCUCAGCAUCCAUCUGAUCUGACCCACCUUGUUUUAUUUAAGCAAAGUUAUAUUUUUUAUACUUUAUUAAUCUUCUCUUCAUAACCAUGAAUCUACAGAAAUAAAGACUUCCAGACACGAUAGCCAAGAAAGGAUGUGGUCGUUUGUAGUUCUGCUCUCAAUAUUCUGUUUCGCCGAUGCUGACGACCGCAGGCGGUACUCUAACCCCACUUAUUACAAUGUGGGAGGUGUACUGUCUAGCAAUGAAUCCGUAGCGUUUUUUAAAGAUACAAUUUCGAAUCUUAACUUCAAGGACAAAUAUGUACCUCGCGGAGUCACUUACCAUGAUUAUUCAAUUCUAAUGGACCCAAACCCGAUAAUGACCGCGUUGAACGUCUGUAAGGACCUGAUAGCACACCGAGUGUACGCAGUAGUAGUGUCCCAUCCAAUUACCGGAGACCUCUCGCCAGCAGCUGUGUCAUACACGAGCGGGUUCUAUCACAUUCCCGUAGUUGGCAUAUCCUCCCGUGACUCAGCGUUUUCUGAUAAAAAUAUACACGUCUCUUUCCUGCGAACUGUGCCGCCGUAUUCCCACCAGGCGGACGUGUGGGUCGAUGUUCUAAAGCAUUUCAACUACAUGAAGGUGAUCGUGAUACACAGCUCAGAUACUGAUGGAAGGGCCAUUCUAGGCAGAUUCCAGACGACAUCUCAAAGCAUAGACGAGGAUGUGGACAGGAAGGUGGUCGUUGAACAGGUGAUAGAGUUUGAGCCAGGCUUGGAUUCCUUCAGCGACAAGCUCAUUGAUGUCAAAUCUGCUCAGGCUCGGGUCUUCCUUAUGUAUGCCAGUAAAACGGAUGCAGAGAUAAUAUUCCGGGACGCAACGUUCUUAAACAUGACUACCACAGGCUACGUGUGGGUGGUGACAGAACAGGCCCUGGACGCAGCCAAUGCUCCGGAAGGUCUUCUGGGGCUGAGACUCGUCAAUGCGACCAACGAACAUGCCCAUAUACAAGACUCAAUCUACGUUCUUGCUUCCGCGAUUCGUGAGAUGAACAAAUCAGAAGAGAUUAACGCCCCUCCAUCCGAUUGUGACAAUUCUGGCUCAAUAUGGAUCACCGGUAGACUCUUGUUCGACUACAUAAGGAAGCAGAGACUGGAGAACGGAGCCACGGGCUAUGUUGCAUUCGAUGACCAUGGGGACAGAGUUUACGCUGAGUAUGACAUGGUCAACUUGAGAGCUCAGGGUGAGCACGUGGCUGUUGGAAAAUACUUCUAUUCCAAGGAAACACAAAAGAUGCGUCUAGAGCUGAAGGAAAAUGAGAUCAUUUGGAUGGGGCGCACUUCUUCUAAGCCAGAAGGUUUUAUGAUACCGACUCAUCUGAAGGUACUGACGAUUGAAGAGAAACCAUUUGUGUACGCGCGCCACGUGGAUGAUAUAUUUGACUGCGCCAAUGAUGAGAUACCGUGUCCGCAUUUCAACGCCAGCGAAGAAGCAGAUCAGAUGUAUUGCUGCAAGGGCUUUUGUAUGGACCUUCUAAAAUACCUAUCGAAAGCCAUUAAUUUCACGUUUUCUCUCGCACUUUCACCGGAUGGCCAGUUUGGGUCGUACGUGUUUCGAAAUAUCUCGCAUCCUGGUUCUAAGAAGGAAUGGACUGGACUUAUCGGUGAAUUAGUGUACGAACGGGCGGAUAUGAUCGUAGCUCCCUUGACUAUAAACCCUGAGAGAGCCGAGUUUAUAGAAUUUAGCAAACCAUUCAAGUAUCAAGGCAUUACAAUACUGGAGAAGAAACCUUCAAGAUCUUCAACACUGGUGUCUUUUCUUCAGCCGUUUUCCAAUACUCUGUGGAUUUUAGUCAUGGUGUCGGUGCAUGUGGUAGCACUGGUUCUCUAUCUUCUGGAUAGAUUCUCUCCUUUUGGGCGGUUCAAGUUGGCAAACAUAGAUGGCACCGAAGAAGAUGCAUUGAACCUUUCGAGUGCAAUCUGGUUUGCAUGGGGAGUGUUGCUCAAUAGUGGUAUUGGAGAAGGAACUCCACGAAGUUUUUCAGCUAGAGUACUUGGAAUGGUGUGGGCUGGUUUUGCGAUGAUCAUCGUAGCAUCUUACACGGCUAACUUGGCAGCUUUCCUCGUGCUUGAGAGGCCGAAGACUAAGCUGAGUGGUAUCAACGAUGCGAGGCUCCGCAAUACGAUGGAGAAUCUGACAUGUGCGACGGUGAAGGGAUCAGCAGUGGACAUGUACUUCCGUCGUCAAGUGGAACUGUCAAACAUGUAUCGGACUAUGGAGGCCAACAAUUAUGACAAUGCUGAACAAGCUAUACAGGAUGUUAAAGACGGGAAACUGAUGGCAUUCAUCUGGGAUUCAUCUCGGUUGGAGUUCGAAGCGGCCCAGGACUGCGAGCUGGUGACGGCUGGGGAACUCUUUGGAAGAUCGGGGUACGGCGUUGGAUUACAAAAAGGUUCUCCGUGGGCUGAUCUCGUUACCCUCGCUAUAUUGGACUUUCAUGAAAGUGGCAUUAUGGAGUCACUAGACAACCAAUGGAUACUUCGAAACAAUAUGCUGAACUGUGAAGAGAAUGAGAAGACACCAAACACACUGGGCUUGAAGAAUAUGGCUGGUGUCUUCAUACUAGUACUGGCAGGAAUAUUCGGUGGCAUUGUUCUCAUUGUUAUCGAAGUUGUUUACAAAAAACACCAAAUCCGAAAGCAGAAGAAGAUGGAAAUAGCGCGACAUGCUGCCGACAGAUGGCGUGGAACAGUUGAGAAACGAAAGAACUUAAGGGCUGCUAUAUUACCUUCGCAACGACGCAUUAAGUCGAAUGGUGUUAAAGAAACGGGAACAAUCAGCCUAGUGGUCGACAGAGGAGCCAGAAGACAUGAAAUUCCACGUAUACCCCGUUUCAGCCCUGCCUACACUCCGGAUGUAUCACACCUAGUGAUUUAACCUAAAUUAUUCAAUCGGAAAUUGAAGGCUCAUUAUGUUAAGUAGUCGAAUCAUUGGAAACGCAUGGAUUUUUAGAUAUGUAUAAUAUGAAAUACGGUUUAUUCAUUCAAAAAAAACGGUAUGAAAUAAUACUACCUACAACAUAUAUUAUAUAACUAGCUGUACGCUGAGAGUUGAUAAAUAUUAUGAAACUUUUCGGAAUACUUUUCCGUCGCAGCUGUUGUCACGCGACAUCUUACCUAUGAGUAAAAACAUUUGCGGGCCACAAUUGGUAGUCACUGUUUUUUAUCAACUCUGAGCGAACAGAUGUUACAUUACUUCAUUCAUGUUAUAAUAGUAGGUAUAAUAUGUUAUUGGCUGUGUUAGAUGUGUUCCUAUAAAAUGAAACGGCGAGUGUUUCGUUUUAGAUGUUAGGUGGAUGACCGUUGCACGAUUAAUGAAGGGUUCAAAAUUAUUUUUCCAAAAUCUAAUAGGUACGAUCUAUACGAUUUUCUGGAAACAAUAAUAUAUAUAAUUUAAUAGCAAAAUACAUAUAUUUUCAAGAUAUCUCGUUACUUCAAAUAUUUAUGCGUGCUAUAGGUAUAUAAUUAGAUACCUAAGUGUUACACAAUAGGUAUAUUUUAGCUGAUUCUUGGUGUUGUGGACUUAUGUGUAGCGACAAAAUAUGAGAAAUUUUCUAUAAUCUCCUAAUAUUUCUUAUUCCAUAAUUGACGGAAAACCUGAAAUAUUCAAACAAUCAUAUGGAAUCAUCUUCGGAGACAUGAUAGUAAAUUCCCGCAUUCGUGAAUAAAUUCGAGGUUGGUUACGUUUAAGGUCCUGGUUUCUCCUAUAAAAAGCAUCUAUAGUGCUCCGUCACUCCCAACUGGAUUAAGCUUUACGUUUUACUUCACUCCAGAUUUGUUCAAUAUUAUUCGAUUCUGAAAUGACUGCUCGCUAGCUUGUCCGCCUACGGUGGUUACAUUUAUAUUUACCAAGGAAACUCCAACCAAAGGGCUUGCGUUGGUAUGAUUAGAAGCCUGCUAGUGUUGCCAAAUAAGACUACAUCAUGGUUGGUUAGGUACCCCAAUUUCUACAUAUACAUGACCGAGCAUAGCUCAGUUUUUCUAGUUCUUCCACAGCCUUUGCGCCGUGGAGCAAUUUUGAAGAGCUAGUUGCUCCGCACCUCAAACGCGCAUAAUUUCGCGACAAAAUUCAUCUAGUUUGAGUUGCAUAUGGGUGCGACUGUGCGUGUAACUAGAAAAGGCACAGUUGCAGUAGUACCUAGGCAUCAGUAUUAGUGUAAUCCUCCAGGAUGUAUAGGCUUAGUGGCAUAAAAUUAGGACUUUAAGUGAGUUUCUAUGCCACGGCAAUCUUUGGUUGUAUUUUGCAUAUUCCCAUAUUAUCCAAAACGACAUGAUACAGAUAAAGUGGUAAGGGAACACACACUCUUGACGAACACCUGGUUUAAUUAUUAUUUAUUAAUACCUACGAUAGUUUUAAGAAUGCUAAUAGUAGUGUUUUUGGUCCGCAAAAAUUUUGUAUAUAAUAUUGAUAACAGAUUAGUAUAGCAGCGUGGUAACUAAAUAAAAAGCUACUUAGGGACCUCACCUCUUUGAAACACCAUUUUUAAUUACUUAUGUAUUAUUUUUAAAGGGAAAUCAAUCCAACACAAAAGACCACAAUGAUAAAGCAAAAGCAAAGCAAAUUGAAGCUAAAAUUGUGACAUUUAUUUUCAAAGAUUUAAUUAAAUAUUUGAUUAUUUAACAUUCUUGGACCAAAAACACUACAAGACAUAAGUAAACUGAAUUAAAAAUGUUUUCAUGGUGAAACCGUGAAUUGUUAUUUUGCUCAAGUUUUACAUUUGAAAUAGUUUGUAUAUCUACUCAAAUAUUUGUUUUUAUAACAACAUUAUUUUUGUGGUUAGAAAUAAAUUACUUAAGAAUGA